GUGCGCCGUAGCACGCAGUUCCACAACGUGCAAGCAGAAAAGUGAGGAGUUUUGGUUUGAAUAGUAAAAACUGCUGCUAGCACCGACUGAACGUGUCAACAGUCAUGGCAAAAAAUGAAGAAGGGAUGUCUCCCACUGAGAUGAAAGUUGCACGACAAAUAGAGUACUACUUUGGGGAUCACAAUCUUCCGAGAGACAAAUUUCUCAAAGAACAACUGCAGCUGGAUGAUGGCUGGGUGACUCUGGAGACAAUGCUAAAGUUCAACAGACUGAAGUCUUUAACUACAGAAAGCAGCGUCAUUGUUGCUGCUCUCCAGAAAUCAAAGACUGGCCUCUUGGAAAUCAGCGAUGACAAAACUAAAGUCAGGAGGUCUCCAAACAAGCCCUUACCGGAACUGAAUGAUGAAUACAAAGAUGCCCUUAAACACAAAUCAGUGUACAUCAAAGGUUUUCCUCUCGAAACUACCCUGGAUGAGAUUCAGGAGUGGCUGAAUGGGAAAGGCACCAUAGAAAACAUUCAGAUGAGGAGAAACCUGCAGAGGCAGUUCAAGGGAUCAGUGUUUAUCUGUUUUGACACAGAGGAGUCAUCUAAGCAGUUCCUAGAACGUUCAGACAUCAAAACAUUCAAAGACAACGAGAUGCUUGUGUUAUCGAGAGAAGACUACCAUGCAAAGAAGGCAGAAGAGAGAAAACAGUUCAAAGCAGAGACGAAAGCAAAAAAUAAACAGGACAAGGAGCAACAGCAGAAACACGCAGAAGAGAAAGAAAUGGGCCUGCUUUUGGAUGAACAGACGGGUUGCUUGUUAAAGUUUUCAGGAGAGCUUGAAGAUGUUUCAAGAGAGGACUUGCAUGAACUGUUCUCUGGCCACGGAAAGAUAAAGUGGAUCGAUUUUACAAGAGGGGCCAAAGAGGGCACCCUCCUCUUCGAUGGGAACGCAAAGGAGGCGUUUGAUAAGGCCACAGAGGCAAACGGAGGGGAACUGAAAGUCAAGGACAGCAGUGUCACAUGGCAGGUGCUUGAGGGAGAUGAGGAGAAAGAGAUGCUGAAGAAGAUAAUUGAAGCUCAACAAGAAUCAUACAGCAGGUCCAAAGGCAGAGGUGGCAGAGGAAGAUCAGGUGGCAGAGGAAGAUCAGGUGGCAGAGGAAGAGGAGGCCGAAGGGGAAGAGGCGGCAGAGAUCAAGGCAGAACUCAAUACAUGGGCAAAAAGACGAAAUUUGAUAGCGAUGAUGAUGAUGAUGAUGCACCCGCAGCUCCAAAGAGGGAACUAGAAGAUGCUGAUGGUCCUGCUGCAAAGGUUGCCAAAACUGAAAAUGGAUCUUAGUCACAAGGUCACACCCAGAAUGUCUUUUCUUUUUUUAAAAACAUUUAUUAUAAACAGUGAAAAUGCAGAGGCAGUUUAAAUCCAUUCCAGUGAAAGUGUCAGGUGUUGGAGAAUCGUAGGAAGUCCACCUGGAUGUCAACCUAGAGAACAAUUGGCAAAGCUUGGCGUCAGUUUUCAGCCUUUUAAGUCCCCGUAUAUUGUGCCUCUCACAUUAUUUGUGUACCUAUGUUUCUCAUCUUAAGAUGUCUUUGAUUUUAUUCAACAUAAAUCUGCUCUUUGACAGUAAUUUAAUUUCACCUGAAAAAUUAGUUGGUUUUGUAAGACCUGUGACAUUCAGAAUCUGUGUGCCAUUGUUUUUUUUUCCUUGUAGAUUUCCUACAUUGAGUGAUGAGAACACAUGCUUUUCCAUUUUAAGUUUGCAUAUGUGAAUAGCAAAUAAAAUGUUUCUAAA